AGUACACAAACUCGUCUGAAGGGGCACGGAAAAGUGCUGAUUGGAUUGCUUUCUUAUGCCGAAGAAGCCCUCGAUAUCCUUUGCCGAUCUUGGACUCGGCAUCCCUUUGCCAAGCGUCCUUGCAAAGUCGCGCGACGAGCGCCGCAAGGAGCAGCGUCUCGAGAAGAAGGCAAAGCAGGAGCGCACGCGAGAUGCAAUGGCGGAGGUGGCGGCGGCGCGCGAUGUGGUGGCGCGACACAAGCGGCUCGUGGAGGCUGAAGGGGCACAGGAGCGCACGCAAAAGGAGCAGCGCAAGCGUGAGCUCUUCGUGGAGCACCUGAGGGCGAGAAACGAGCGCGAGGAGGCGGAGGUGAAGCACACCGUGGAGUUGGUGCAAACACAAGAGCGAAUCAUUUCUGAGAUGAAGGCGGCGCGGCGCGAGGAGGAGCAGGGGGUGCGACGUGUGCGCGAGAUGCUGGAGAAGGAGGUGGAGGAGAAGGCCAAGACGGCGCCGACGAAUGUGCACAUUGACGUUGAUCGCACCGCCGAGGUGGAGCAGCAACGGGAGGGCCUUCCAGUGCUACGCGAGGAGCAGCCAAUCAUGGAGGCGAUCAACGGAACAAGCCGCACCUCCGUGCUUGUGUGCGGUGAAACAGGUAGCGGUAAGACGACACAGAUCCCACAAUUUCUGUGGGAGGCGGGCUACGGCCACGCGGAGGGGGGCACCUUUGGCCGUGAAGGAUGCAUCCUCGUCACGGAGCCGCGCCGAGUUGCCGCUGUUUCAAUGGCGCGGCGCGUUGCCGAAGAGCUCAACGUCACUUUUGGCGAGGAGGUGUGCUACCACGUUCGCUACGACAACAACCUGUCCGAUGCGUGCAAGCUGAAAUUUGCGACGGAGGGUAUUGUGCUGAAAGAAAUCCAAUCCGACUUUCUGCUCAAGAAAUACAGCGUCAUCGUCAUCGAUGAGGCCCACGAGCGGAGCAUCUCUUGUGAUAUUCUGGUUGGUCUGCUCUCCCGAAUUGUGCCGCUGCGCAACGACCUGUUCCAAGAGGAACUGCGCAAAUUCAACGGUGAUGUGAGCAAGGCAACUAUCAAACCCUUGAAGCUGGUGAUCAUGUCCGCGACCAUGCGUGUGGCCGACUUCAAGGAUAACCGCGCUCUCUUCCCCGUCAUGCCGCCGCUCAUCAACGUCGAGGCACGCCGCUAUCCGGUCACGAACCACUUUGCCCGUCGCACGGAGCUGAAGGAGUACGUUGACCAAGCUUUCGACAAGGUGCGUCAGAUGCACAAAAAGCUGCCCCCCGGCGGCAUUCUUGUCUUUCUCUGCACGCAGCAGGAAAUCAAUGACUUGUGCGACCGCCUACGCCAUCAUUACGCCAAGACGAAGAUCGAGUACUACGACAGCGGCUACACAAAGCACCGACUUCUCACCGGGAAGAGCGAGGAGGAGGUGGCGGCGGCGUCCAGCGAUGACGACGACGACGAUGGCAGCGACAGGGCCGCGGGAGAGGCGGAGGAGAAGGACGAGUUUGGCCUCCGCACGUCCGACUACGCCCUCGACGACGAGGGCAACGGAGACAAUCGCGAGGAGCAAGAGACGGUGUACGAGGGACGACUCCGUCGGCCGCCGCAGCACGGGGGCCGUAAGCGGGUGCGCUCGGAGAAAAGCGCACCGGUGCGUGGCCAAGGCUUGGACGAGGAUGAGACACGUGCAAGGGCGAUGAUGGAUGGCGCAGAGGCGGAGGGGGAGCCGGAGGAUGAGGUGAACGGCGAGUACGACACGCUGCACGUUCUGCCACUCUACGCGCUUUUGGACUUUCAGAGGCAGCAGGAGGUGUUCAAGCCCCCGCCCAAGGGCACGCGGCUGUGCGUCGUCGCCACCAACGUGGCGGAGACGUCCAUCACCAUUCCCAACAUCAAAUACGUUGUGGACGCUGGGCGGUCGAAGACGAAGGUGAUCGACGAAGAGACGCGGGCGAGUUGCUUCCGCAUCGAGUGGACGAGCCAGGCAUCCGCAGAGCAGCGCAGCGGACGUGCGGGUCGUGUCGGCCCCGGCCACUGCUACCGACUCUACAGCACCGCCGUGUACUCCAAUUUGAUGCCGAAGCACGGCGACCCUGAGGUGUUGCGCACCCCGCUCGACUCCGUCGUGCUGCUGAUGAAGCAUGUUGGGGUGAAGAACGUCGGCGGCUUUCCGUUUCCCUCGCCACCGCGUGAGACGGACCUCAAGGCCGCGCUGCAACAUCUCAACGUGAUUGGCGCACUGGACCGAACACGCAAUUUCAACAUUACGCCGGUGGGCCGCAGUCUUGUCGCGUACCCGGUGCCGCCGCGGUUUGCGCGGGCGGUGCUCGAGGCGCUGCAGCGCAGUCGCACGCCGGCGGUGCACGACAUGGUGGCCGCCAUUGUCGCCGUCGCCACCACCACCACCACCGUCUUUACCGGGGAAGGCAACCAGCUAAAAGCGCGAAAGCUCAACGAGCACGCCGACACGCCGGCCGAUCCCCGUCAAGCGCACAUACGCGCUCUGCUGAACCCCGGCAGUGAUCUGGUGACGUACCUGAACGCCUUCCGCGUCUACAACAAAGACCCCCGCAGGAGCUGCGCGAUGUACUGUCUGGUGCAGAAGAGCAUGCACGAGGCGAAGCUCCUCUACGCCCAGCUGCGCGUGCACAUGCGUGAGCACGCCGCCGGCGACGAGGACGAGCUGGCAGAUACGCUGGAUGAGGGCGAGACGGUGAUGGCGGAGAAGGAGGAAAAUCCCUCCCAUGGCGGCGUCGGCCUCACCAGAGAAACAGAGUUGCUGCUGCGUGAGGUGUUCAUUCCCGGAUUGAUGGACCAGAUUGCACGGCGAGCCACCGUGCACGAGUGCCGUUCCCUGUCCGUGGAGUACAACGACAAGCGCGCCACGAAGACACCCUACCUUGUUUUGUCAACGCGCACGAUCGCCUACAUCCACCCCACCAGCUCCGUUGCGCGGACGUUCCCGCCGCCUGAGUUGGUGACAUUUGGUUUUCUGCAGAAGGUGCGCCGAUCGGACACGAAGGAGGCACAGGCGAUGAUGAUGGGCGUCACGGUGGUGACGCCGGAGUGGUUGCGCACCUACGGCUUUGAAGAGGAGCCGUAG